GAACAAGGCAGGAAUACGCGACUUUUGUUUAUUACAUUUUUGUAAUUUCUUUUCUUGAUUUAAAACAACACAACUGGGUAUACUGGGUAAAUCACGAGUAAACAAAUAAUAUUAAAAUAUAUUUAGUAAACUCGGCGAAUUUGUAACUGCAUUUGACAUACCACCAAUUUUACUUUGAAAUGAAUAAUUCCGCUGCUAAGGUAGGUGAAAUAUUCACCGAAGCUGGAGCUGCAUUCAAUAAACUGGCCGAAAUGACAAUGAUGCUGCAUCCUAUGGCUGAAAAUACACCUACUGCACCAGCAAAAACACCUGUGAAGAGAAAAGCAGCAGAUGACAGACCAGUAUUAACCGGCACCACACCACAAACAACUCACAAUGUUCACACGGCACCCAUAUCACAGCAGGUGACCCUAAACAUGUUGAAUGCUCAUGAAUCAGAAAUCGAUGGAGAUGGCCUCAGCAAUCAAGUGAAACUCGAGUUUGAGUCCAGCACUGAGGAAGUGACUACUUAGGCAUGGAGUAUUUAGAAGAAAAAAAUCAAUCUAGAUAUAAGUAGUCAUUAUCUAUUAAGUUAGCCAUACACACUAUGGUAUGCCUGCGCAGUAUCGCCUGUACAGUCCAACUGCACUGGUAAAAAGGAGUGUAUGUAGCAUUCAACUGCAGUUUACUAACUGGCUGUACAUGUGCAGUUGAACUGUACAGGCGAAACCGCGAAACUGCGUGGGCAUACCCUGGUGUGUAUGGCCAGCUUUAAGUUCUUCUAUAACUGAUAGUAAUACUUGAGUUUGAUAAUGGUAGUGCAGUUUUCAAUCUUUUUUUGACGCAACCCAUGAAAAAAAAACGCACUUGGGUCAAUCAACUUAUUUUUUGCCAUUGUGUUGCCUGAGUCAUAGCAGCAACAGUAAAAACUAUAUACACAUAUGGGGCAAUAUCUAUGAAAAGGGACCUUAUUGUCGAAGGUCACACACACCACUGUACAAGCACUACACAAGGGUACACUGCACUGCUUCGCGCGCCAUUAUAUUUAUAUCGGAGCAUCGUUAAUAAUGGCGUAAGCGCCAUCGACAAUAAGUUCCCUUUUCUUAGACAACCUCACAUAUUUCUAACAUGAGUAGUAGAUAAGCCUAUAAAGUAAAGGUCUUAAAAAUAGUAAAACUGCUAACUUGAGGUGAUAAAAUUUAAUAUCAUAAUUUUAAAGUGUGACUCAAGUGACAUAAUAUAAUCAUGGCAACCAGACCUGCUAGCAUGAGUUGCGUUCUCGCCCGCGACUAUACAUCAAGCGCGACUUCAAGUAUGGACUCGCGCGCAAGAACGCAACUUAUGCUAAACCGCCAGGUGCACAAAAAAAGUUGAUUCAGCUUCUGGGCAAGAAAAAAGAUUGUAACAUUAUACUCUCUUCCUUUGUAAUGUACCUAACCUGAAUUGCAAGUUCUCACAACUCCCUCAUGAGUAAAUGAGUAGGUAUUAUUAAUUAAAACUUAGCUGUUUUGAUUUCUAUACCUUGUUAUUAGGAAGCCUGUGGCUGUGAUUAUUCUAAAGUCACAUUUAUUUAUUUUAGAUAAUCAUAAGUGCACUUGUAUUAGGGUAAGGCUUAUAUUAAACUUGUGUUAACACAUUCAUAGCCAGCAUCAGCUAAACGCUACGAGCGUAGCCGAUAACACAGGGAAACCGUAUGUAGGGAAGAACAUACAAACAGAGAACUUGCAGGUCAUUGGAACAGGAAAAGAAGCUGAAGUAGCAGUACUGGGCUAGAAACAAGAUGACCACGUUUUGUUUAAAUUACAGGUGGAAGUACUAGUGCUCGACGCUGCACUAGUAUUCGCCAUGGGCACUUUAUGUCAAAGUAACAAGGAUUAAAUUUGAAUACAGAAAAAUCUUCGCUGUUCAAAUUUAACCUUUAUUACUUUGACAUAAAGUGCCCAUGUUGAAUACUAGUGCAGCAUCAAGCACUAUAUAGUACUUCUACCUAAUUAAUUAAUGUUGUGUGAUAGGUACUCAAAUGUUUUGUAAUAAGCAAGGUUCAUAUUUAAGUAUCUUACAUUAAACAUAACAUCAGGCGAUAUGCAAAACUUACUCAUUAUUU